AUGGCUGAAGCCUGGGACUCUGAUCGCUAUUAUCACGAGAGUCUGGUGUCGUCUACCGACUCUUCAGACGCAGCUGACCGACACUUCAAUGUCCAUCGGGAAGAAAUCCGGACAACGCCCCUCUUCUCAGCGGAUGUGUUGGCAGGUGUCAACGAGACACAACCGGACGUGCUGCCCCAGUAUAGCUUCCUCGCCAAAGUUCUGGACACAUUCGGCGGCCAGGGUCAACAGAACACGCAUGACCUCCUGACUCCAGACUUGGGCAUUUCCGGCGUUACGCUCAACCCCAACUCUCAGUCCUCCACGACGAGGAGGGGCGACAGCCGGCUGUUCGUCAAUAUGAAUGCUCCAUGGUCUGCCUUCAUCUGCGGUUCUCAAGGGAGUGGGAAGAGUCAUACCUUAUCAUGCAUGCUAGAGGCCGCUCUGAAGCCUUCUAGGCUGGGAAAACUCCCAUGCCCACUGGCUGGGAUGGUCUUUCACUACGAUAAGUUCACGGGAUUCUCGGCAAGCCAAAUCUGCGAAGCGGCAUACCUCGGCUCCACAGGCAUCCCGGUGACGGUCCUGGUAUCGCCAAGCAACCUCCAUCGUAUGCGGAGGGCCUAUGAAAACAUGCCGAGGUUACCUUCGAAUGCACCCAAGCCGGUGGUGGCGCCAUUGCUGCUCGAAGAGAAGCACCUAAACGUCGAGCGUAUGAUGAAGCUGAUGGCUAUUGACGAGAAAGAAGGAAAGGUUGCCCUAUACAUGGAGGUGAGUGAUGGGAUAGAGCCAUGUCAGUGA